GGGGAGCGGGCACUAUUUGACGCGCGGAGGGAUCGCGGAAGCCCCGCAGGGGGUGGCGAGGCCGAGCAGCCAUGUGCUUCUUUGUUUACAAAAGCAGGAGUGAGGAGACGGCGGCGCGGCGUGGGGAGCAGCGCCGGGAAGGAGCCCCGAGUCGCGGCGAGAGCUCGGUGCCACGGGGCCGCCCUUGUCCCCGGCCGGCCGGCCGGCUGGGCGGGCGGAGGAAGCGCGGCGAGGGAGGUGCCGGGCAGCCGAGCUCCGUGCGGCGGGCGUGGGGUGGUUUGCGAGUUCGGCGACCGCGCUCCUGAUGAAGCUGCAAUGUCUGAGGUCCGCGUGUGUGUUUGUCCCGGUGUUGGUGGGCUCUCUUCCCUCCCCGAUCCGAGUUCAGGCUCAGUUUUAAAGACGGAAGAACGGCCGUGGAUUGAAGUUCGUGGGCGCCAUGUGCGGCACUGUUUACUAGUGGACAUUGACUCCCUCUCCAACAAAGAGAUCAGCGCGGACACGGAGAAGUGCAGGAAGUUCCUGCAGGAGUUCUACACUGAGGAUGACGCUGGGAAGAAGGUCUUCAAGUACGGCGUUCAGCUGGUGUCGGUGGCUCACAGGGAGCAGGUGUCCCUGGUGAUCGACCUGGACGAUGUCGGGGAGGAGGACCCCGAGCUGGUGGAGAGCGUGUGCGAGAACACGCGCCGCUACGCCGGCCUGUUUGCCGACGCCGUGCACGAGCUGUUGCCCGAGUACCGGGAGAGAGAGCAUGUGGCCAAGGACUCCUUGGACGUCUACAUCGAGCACCGGCUGCUCAUGGAGCAGAGAGGUCGUGACCCCAGCGACACCCGGGACUCCCGGAACCAGUACCCGCCUGAGCUGAUGAGAAGAUUCGAGGUGUACUUCAAGCCCCCCAGCACGAUGAAACCAAGAGGGGUGCGCGAUGUGAAGGCCGACAGUAUCGGGAAGCUGGUGACGGUGCGCGGGAUAGUGACCCGGACGACGGAGGUCAAGCCCAUGAUGGUGGUCGCCACCUACACCUGUGACCAGUGUGGCGCAGAGACGUACCAACCGAUCCAGUCCUCCUCCUUCAUGCCGAUCAUCAUGUGCCCCAGUCAGGACUGUGUCACCAACAAGUCAGGAGGGCGGCUUUACCUACAGACUCGUGGGUCAAAGUUCAUCAAGUUCCAGGAGCUCAGGAUUCAGGAGCAUAGUGACCAGGUGCCGGUGGGGAACAUCCCGCGCAGCAUGACGGUGUUUGUGCGCGGUGAGAACACUCGGCUGGCCCAGCCCGGGAACCAUGUGGCCAUCUCUGGCAUCUUCCUGCCCCAGCUGAAGAGCGGCUUCAGGCAGGCCGUGCAGGGCCUGCUGUCAGAGACGUACCUGGAGGCCCACAGGAUCAUCAUGAUGAACAAGACUGAGGACGACGAGCUGGGCACUGAGGAGCUGAGCGAGGAGGAGCUGCGACAGAUCACAGAGGAGGAUUUCUACGAGAAGCUGGCCGCCUCCAUCGCCCCUGAGAUCUACGGCCACGAAGAUGUCAAGAAGGCCCUGCUGCUGCUGCUGGUGGGCGGGGUGGAGCAGGCGCCCCGCGGCAUGAAGAUCAGGGGGACCAUUAACAUCUGCCUGAUGGGCGAUCCCGGAGUGGCCAAGUCCCAGCUGCUGUCCUACAUUGACCGGCUGGCCCCGCGCAGUCAGUACACCACAGGUCGCGGCUCCUCCGGGGUGGGGCUGACGGCGGCAGUGAUGCGGGACCCGCUGACAGGCGAGCUGACCCUGGAGGGCGGGGCGCUGGUGCUGGCGGACCAGGGCGUGUGCUGCAUCGAUGAGUUCGACAAAAUGAUGGACGCCGACCGCACCGCCAUCCACGAGGUGAUGGAGCAGCAGACCAUCUCCAUCGCCAAGGCGGGCAUUAUGACCUCCCUGAACGCGCGCUGCUCCAUCCUGGCGGCAGCAAACCCCGCGUACGGCCGCUACAACCCCCGCAAGACGGUGGAGCAGAACAUCCAGCUGCCGGCGGCCCUGCUGUCGCGCUUCGACCUGCUGUGGCUGAUCCAGGACCGGCCCGACCGCGAGGGCGACCUGCGGCUGGCCCAGCACAUCACCUACGUGCACCAGCACUGCCGCCAGCCCCCCUCCCACUUCACCCCCAUCGAAAUGAAGCUCAUGAGGCGCUACAUCGCCCUGUGUAAGAAGAAGCAGCCUGUGGUGCCCGAGGCGCUGGCAGACUACAUCACGGCCGCCUACGUGGAGAUGAGGAAGGAGGCGCGCACCAACAAGGACAUGACCUUCACCUCUGCCCGCACACUGCUGUCCAUCCUCCGCCUGUCCACUGCACUGGCUCGCCUGCGAUUGGUGGACACCGUGGAGAAGGAGGAUGUGAACGAGGCCAUGCGUCUGAUGGAGAUGUCCAAGGACUCGCUGCAAGCAGAGAAGAACCAGAGCACAAGAGCCCAGCGGCCGGCGGACGUGAUCUUCGCUGCGCUCAGAGAGAUGGUCCCGGAGAAGGGGGUGCGCAGCGUGCGGUUUGCGGAUGCCCUGCAGCGCUGCGUGUCGAAGGGCUUCACUCCUGUGCAGUUCGAGUCUGCGCUGGAGGAGUACGAGGAGCUCAAUGUGUGGCAGGUCAACCAGGCUCGCACCCGCAUCACCUUUGUGUAGACUCCUGCAAGCUGGCCAGCGCCUUAGAGUGGAGGACUUUCUUCGCGGCUCUGCCAGAACUGUCUUCACAGAUCACGGCCCCACCAGGCCUGUAGCUGACCGGUGCUUCACACCGGCCACUGCAGCUCAGACUGUGAGAGGCCAGACUUGUACAUACGUGUUAAUCGGUCUUUGUUAGGCAUGUUUUUCUUGUGUAAAUGGAACUUUGGCUUCUUUGAGAAGGUGUCUUUACUAUAACCUCUGCAGCAUGUUUUUAAUAUUUAGGUAAAAGAUCAGAUUCUCUCCUGAGCGCCCCCUGCUGCCAGGCUGUGACCGCUCCUGCCCAGCAGUUCCGGGGGCAGGUGCUUCUCCCUGUACUUUGUUUAAAUGCUCCCCUUCCUGCUUUACACUUUUCAAUAAAGGCCAGUUUAUUUUUCCUUUU